CCCACCCCCUGUAGAAAAAUGUGUAUGAAAUGGAAUAUCACUGUUGAAACUAGUCAAUGUAGUGGAAUGCUUGCCCAUUUCCCCGUCCUUAUAUUUUAUUCCCACAUCAAGCUUGCUUAUUCUUCUUCCCCUCCCUAGUAUUAUUCUCAUCACGUUCGUGUCUUCUUUCCUCCAGGUUCCUACUCCCACCACACACCUCAUUCCAAUCCUAUGCUGGUGGUGUAGAGACAGACAGAGAGAGCCGGGAGAGAAAAGAGAAGAGGACCAAAUCUGAGAGGUGGAAGCCAUGGCAAAGGUGAAACAGAAGGUGGCAACGGAGGAUAUCCUUGAAGGAGAUGAUGAGAGAACAUCUUCGGAGAACAACUCUGUACCACCUGUGAUUCUCGACCUCAACGAGGGUUUCGGUGAGGGGAACGAGGCAGGGGAAGCCAGCGAUGAUGGUGACGACAACCAGGAGGAGGACGGUGACGACGGCGGCAGCACAAGUGAAGUUGCAGGCGGCAGGAAUUCAAGCAACAACAGCAGCACCAACCACACUUCCAUGAGCAACAAGGAUUAUGACAUGAAUAGCAGCAGUAAUGGUGAGGGCCGCGAAGAGAGAGAGCUAGCGGUGAGGCAGUACAACAGAUCCAAGCUUCCCCGGCUCCGGUGGACUCCGGACCUGCAUAUGGCAUUUGUCCACGCCGUGGAGAGGCUGGGCGGGCAAGAGAGAGCAACGCCAAAGCUGGUGCUUCAGACGAUGAACGUGAGGGGGAUCACCAUUGCUCAUGUAAAAAGUCACUUGCAGAUGUACAGGAGCAAGAAGCUGGACCAAGAGUCUGCUGGACACGAGAGAGCAGCAACCUCCUCCGUUUUCUCGCCCAUGGACUUCCACAUGAUGAGGACAGGGGACCAUCAUCGCUACCAUGACAUGUUCCUCCAUCGACCUGCAGCUGGCUCGGCCAUCUCUUCGCGGCUGCUCCACGGUGGGGAGUUCUUCGGGUCACGAAACGCCGCCGUCUCGCCGGAGGCCAGAAGGCUCUACGAGCUCCUCCAACGCCGGCAGCCUACCAUGCAAACGUUCGACUUCAAGGGCUACAGUAGUGGUAGUGGCCUCAGGGAUCAAGAGUGGAGUUUCAGCCAGCAUGCGGCGGCGGCGGCGGCAAGGGCUGGGGCCAUCAAUGGCCACGGCCCGACGAAAGGGCUCAUCCACGAUAUGGGUUUGAGAAAGAACAGCAGGCCGAUGUCCCAUUUGUUCGACGUGCGGGAUCGGGAUGCUAUCGCUUCCAACCGGACAUCGUCCGACGCCACGGGUGCUGCCAGCCAUGGCGUAACGAUCACCAGAAGCGCAGAUCGGAACGGCACCAGCUCAUCUUGGCCCCAGCCUAGGACAAUGUCGGCAGCUGCGUCCACGGCUCCUGCGUUGGGCAGUCACCACCUGCUGUCUAUGGGAAGAGGCUCCGCUAACUUAACAUCGUCGUCAGAUCACCCCGUGGUGACAAAUGAAGCCCUAGGCUCCCGGCUCCAGCUGCAGACGUUCCAGGAGCUAAACAAAGUAACCGGCGACAUGUGCGCUGGGACCAGAAAGACGAAGAGGAUGAAGACGCCAAUGGAGGGGAACAGUGGCACGCCGGACUUGCACCUAAGCUUGAGCCCCAACGACGACGACAUGGGAGGAGCUGCCGACAAGCAGAUCAAGAAGAUGAAGAUCCAAGGUAUCGGAUUAAGUGAACAGCAGGAGGUGGACGGCGAUAAGAUGCUGCCUCUCUCGCUCUCCCUGUCACUCCGGGGUGGCGAGGAUGCCAGGAGGUUAGAGGCAGCUACAGGCGGUAGCAGCGGCAACAAGGCCGCUCUGGGGCGGUGUACUUUGGAUCUGACCAUGUCGAUCAAGGCAACUGAGUGAGGAGAUAAGUUUCAUGGCCGUUCUGGGGGGUGAGUACUUUGGAUCUGACCAUGUCGAUCGAUCAAGGCAUUGGAGUGAGAUCUUUCAAGUACUUGUCCCCAAGGCCUUCCAAAACUUGCACACUGCACCAUGCGGUUAUAUUAAGUAAUAUGAGUGAUAGUUUAAGUUAACCUUGCAUGCGUCCAGACCAGACCACAUAUAAAUACAUAUCUAUAUAUAUGUUCAAUGAGAUGCACUUAUUGUUUUUCUA